AUGUGUGCACUGGUUCUGUUCAGUAAACGUUAUGUGACUGCGCUGGUUCUGUUCAGUAAACGUUAUGUCACUGCGCUGGUUCUGUUCAGUAAACGUGAUGGGACAGUGCUGGUUCUGUUCAGUAAACGUUAUGUGACUGUGCUGGUUCUGUUCAGUAAACGUGAUGUGACCGCAGUGGUUCUAAUCAGUGAACAUGAUGUGACCGCGGUGGUUCUGUUUAGUAAACGUCAUGUGACCGCGGUGGUUCUGUUCAGUAAACGUGAUGUGACUGCGCUGGUUCUGUUCAGUAAAUGCGAUGUGCCUGCGCUGGUUCUGUUACAUAAACUUGAUGUGAUUGCACUGGUUCUGUUACGUAAACAUGAUGUGCCUGUGCUGGUUCUGUUACCUAAACGUGAUAUGUGUGCACUGGUUCUGUUCAGUAAACGUUAUGUGACUGCGCUGGUUCUGUUCAGUAAACGUUAUGUCACUGCGCUGGUUCUGUUCAGUAAACGUGAUGGGACAGUGCUGGUUCUGUUCAGUAAACGUUAUGUGACUGUGCUGGUUCUGUUCAGUAAACGUGAUGUGACCGCAGUGGUUCUAAUCAGUGAACAUGAUGUGACCGCGGUGGUUCUGUUUAGUAAACGUCAUGUGACCGCGGUGGUUCUGUUCAGUAAACGUGAUGUAACUGCGCUGGUUCUGUUCAGUAAACGUGAUGUUGCCCCUUUCUUGUAA